AGGGGGUCGGAAAAGGCUAGCGAGGGCGGAAGUGGCCGUGGACAGCAUAUUGACCCUGAGGGUGAGGGUCUGAUCACCAGAUCCCGGCACCAGGCUCCUUCCCUCGUGGUGCAGGCAGACCGAGGGCCAGGAGUCUGGAAAUUUAUCGAAGCGCAGCUGCGGCCCUGUCUCUCCAGCCUGUCUCUGCACUUGGACCGGCUUAGCCACGAACAGAAGCCUCUAUAAGCACUCCCAUUCACCAUGUCUCAGAGGUAACCACAACCCAUACUUCUUUCAGGAAUUUAUAUAAAUGGGGUCAUACAGCACGUAUUUUUUUUUAUUGCUUUCUUUUGCGUUACGUUUGUGAGAUUCUUCCAUGCUGUCGUGAUAGCAAUAGUUUAUUUUCAUCACUGAUUAGAGUUCCGUUGUAUGACUAGACCAAAUAUAUUUACCCAAUCUGCUAACGAUCUCCAUUUGCAUUGUUUCUACUUUGUGGCUAUUACAAAUAAUGCUCCCCUAUACACUAGUAAACAUGUCUUGGUGCACACGUGUUUGUAUUUCUGUUGUGUAUAUACCCAGGAAUGGAACUGCUCCAGCAGAAUACUUACAGGUAUUGGACUCUGGUAGGCACUGCCAGCUUUCCAAAGCGAUUGUGUCUGUUUGCAUUACCACUAGCCGUGAUGAGAGUUAUUUCUUCACAUUGGGGGUUGACCAGACAACAAACAUUUUAGACUGGGAAAUAAGAUAUACUGCCUUGGCCCUUGCUUCGUAUAAGCAUCCAUAGACGAUACAUGAGCAAAUGAGCAUGGCUAAGCAAACUGCUCCAGCGAGGUCGCAGCCUUGGCACACUGGAGGUUUGGGUCAUUCUGUGGUCUGCAUGUGUCCUCACAGAUUCGUAUGUUAAAUCCUAACCCUCGAAGUGAUGGUGUUUGGAGGUGUAAUGUGGAGAGCGGGCUGUAAGCCGACAAGUCCUUGCAACCUGUGAGGUCAACCAAGGGUUACCUGGCCUCCGGCCUCCCUCCUAAGAAUGGGGAAGCACUCGGGGGAACAAUGCGGUGUUGCCCCGAGGCAGGGAGUACGCAGUACAUAGUGGCGAGAAGGAAUGGUAGCAGAUGCGGGUUGGGUGAUUGUGCAGAGGAUGAUCUGAUCCUAGCCAGCAACUGUAUGCUCUUGUAUAAAAGCAGCUUGCAAAGAUAAAACUGUGCCAUUACUCGCCCUUCAGUGGACAGUGACCUCCUGAUCCCAGCUUUCUGUCUUCUUUCUUUUCUUCAUCUCCCACCGUUCCCACUCAGGUACAUUCUCCAGAGCCGCGCUGGACAUGGCAGGAUUUACCACUUGCUGGACAUGGCACUGUAGCUUUAGGGAAAUGAUUAGGCCUUGAGGGCAGAAGCCCUCAUGAGUGGGAUUUGUGCCUUAUUAAUGAAGUGAGAGCUCCCUCACUGAGUUCUGCCAGGUGAGGACACAGCAAACAAAACAAAACAAAACAAAAAACCCUAGCCCUCUGUGAACCAGGAAGUGGGCCUUACCACACACUGAUUCUGCCAACACCUUGGUUUUGGACUUCCUAGCCGUCAGAACAGUGAGAAAUAAAGUCGUUGAUAAGCUUCCAGUUUGUGGAAUUAUAGCAACCCGAACAGACUAAGAUAGAUAUAUGGACUUGAGCCAAAGUCCAUUCCUCCUUCAUGAUCAAGUCCAUUCCUCCUACUGUCAAGACUGUUGCCACUCCAGAUAGGGCAAUAACGCCUUCACGGAAGGACUUCAGGAUGUUACUUUUGGGUGUAGGUAAGAACCAGUUCAUGGUGACUCCCUCCCUCUUACUGGCCUUCAGAAGCCAAAAGGAUUGUCUUGUGUCUUCCCUUCACCAGACUCUCAUCUGUCUUAGCCUACCAAAAUCAGAAUUAGGAGGCGCAUACACCUCUGCUUGCCUGGGACAGUCUGCUUUACAUGUGGAGAGCCUCUCCUCUCUGCCCUGCCACUAUGCCAGUGCCCGUGACAAAUUCACAUUUCCUUUCUCUUGGAGAGUAUGUUCUGGGUAAGAGGUUACUCUAGUCAGGGGCUAUGGAGUGGCUUACUCCAUCUGUCCUGUGAAAGGCUGUUGGGGGUCUUUAUGAAGGAUGAGGCUCUCUCUGGCGGGGAAGUUGCUGGCGUGGCAAAUUGACCUGGCUUUGACCAGAGUUAUCUCCGCUGCCAUGGGUCAGCUGGGCCUGGGUUCGAGUCUGCCCAAGGGCUCCGGCAGUCCAGUGCCCAGCAAGUCCUUGUCCUUCUGCGCUCGGCCUCCUCCGGGUCCCCUCCUGUCCUUCCUCCCCUCUCUGCGGUCCUGCCAUGAAUGAUCUUCACGAUGGGAUGGCUCCUUAACGGGCCUCCGUGGACCUCUCGUCUUGUUAGUCAUUCAGGGGGCAGCAGGUGGGAAGGACCUGCACCCAGGAGCGUGAACUGCACCAAGUUCCACAGCACAGCCCUCCCACCGAGCACCCUGCUUUUGUCACGAGAUGCCGGCCCAUGCUCCCUCCCUACCCCCUUCAUUUUCUGGUGGGAAUACCUCGUCUGACCUCCCAGUCCGAACACCCCUCCCACGAACUCACUCUUUGCCUGGGCAGGGGCUCCAGAAAGGGACUUGGAGGUGGUGUGUCGGGGUAAAGGCAUGUUUCUGCUUGUCCCUGAAGGUCCCCAGAUAGGCCUCGCUUUCAGAGAUGGUUGGCCCCUGCCCAGCUGCUGCAAUACCCUCCUCCUCCCCUCUGGCCAGGGACAGGAUAAGCAUCAGCCUGAGCUUCAGCUAGCUCCUCUGCAGAUAGCUGAGGGCACGUCCCCUGAUGAAGACAGGCCGGGCAAGCCCCAGGAUCUAGUCAUCAGGGGCCCGAGUCUCAGAGCUCAGUUAACCGCUGUCCCUGCCUUGGCUUUCCAAAGGGCUGUGGGCCCUGGAGUCGGGACUGUGGGCUCUCUUGCUGUGUGUGGAGUGCCUGCAAGAAGUCUUAGGCCUGUGCAGUUUAAGUAACAACCACCACCAUCACAAUUUUAACUGUCACCACCACAAAAUAGCUGACAUUUAUUGAGUGAUUACUAUGUGUUUUUAGGUACUUUUCAUGAAUUAAUGAAUUAUUUCAAUAACUCUGAAAUGGGUUAUUACUAUCUGUAAUUCAUAGACAAGGAAACUGAGGUCCAAGGAGAUUAAGUUUUCCAAAGUUAAGUACAUAAUAAAUGGCAGAGACUUUUCGAACGCAGGUAAGUCUGGCUGCAGAAUCCAUACUUUUUAAAAAAACUUUUCUAUAUUAUUUUGUUACACUACACUAUAGGAAAUCCUACUAUUAUAUAUAUUUUUUCAAAUCAGAAGGAAUACUUUCCAAUGCCUCCAAAGCAAUGGUUCCUAGGCGUUCGGAUUUCACAGGCUAUUUCAAUUUAAAAGACUUCUGGCAAACAUAUUUUUGCCACCCUGAAGUUUUGACAAAAGACCUUAAAAAAGAAACACUACCACUGUCAUUUACUAUUAGCACAAAAUAAAGGCCGAUAUAAUAUAGUAUCAUAAAAGUACGAUGGAUGUAAUCUAGAAAGAUAGCAUCCUAAUGCUAUGUGCACUUAUGUAUUGUCCUUAAAUUUGCCACUUUGUUGAGGACAAAGCUUUUAGAACAUUGUCUUUCCACCCUCUUCCUAAUAGCUAGGUUAAGAACUAGAUGCCACUUGCAUUUAAAUAUAAAAGCUCUUUUAGUAACUUUUACAAUUUUUCUCUCUAGAAAGAACCUGUAUCUUUGGGUCUGGAAGCUAAAGUGCCAUUAAUUAAAAAUCGUUGCUUUUUAAUAAAAGGUGGGAUAAAAGAUCUAUGGGUGAAUUGUUCCACUAAAUUGGCCAAAGGACUUUAAGAGUCUGAGGGGCCUUGCUUAAGAUCUCAUUCUUGAAAUUUUGAAACAUGAAACAUAAUUAUGGAAUUAUCAUUUCCUUCAAUCCAGUAUAUUAAAAUAGUAGUUAUACUGUUGAAAAUGAGAAGACAUUUUCAGUUUUAACCUUUGUGAUAGUGAUGGUAUGUUAAUAAGAUCUGUCUUGCACCUUUGGCUUCCUCCAGUCCUGAUGCCUGAGUGCUUUCAACAGGGUGCCACCAGAGCAGAAAGGUACAAGCAUUGGGCCUUAUGAAUUUUUUAUUGAUAACUGAAAUGAGAAGGCUCAGCACUUACUGGCUGCAUUUUGAACUGGACUACAACAUGAAUUAUGUAUACGUGGAAAAAUUAUUUGAAACAAUUUUAACAGUCUGUGAGAACCUUGUUUUGUUAUGACUUUUAGAAUAGUUCAGUAUUGUCAAUUAUAUUGUUUCGAUUAUAAUUUUUAAUUGAUUCAAGCCUAUCAGCAUGACCUCUGGUAACAGUCUGUUUUGCAAUGUUAGUUUAAGGCCCGUGGUUUACUCCUAAGGAAAGUCUGCUUACUAGGUAAUUAGAUUUUAAAAGGGAGUGUCCUAAACACCUUAGAGAGGCAUCCUAAGGUGGAUCCAGCAGGUUGGAUACCUGGUUCCUAAAUACUGUGCUUCUCAAGACGGUUUGAGAGCUGCAAGAGUUAGAGGGACAAAGUACAUAACUCGGGACAGCAGAUACCUUAUUCGUACUGGUGAUACCACUCGGGUCCUUCACAGUUCUGUGAUCUUCAUUAAGUGACUUUCCUGUCUCAAUACAAAGGAAAGACAAUAUUCUUCCCUCAUCAAUCUUUCUAGUGCUUUUUGUUUGAAAGAUGGUAGUAGAUCGAAAAGAUUUUAAGACCCCCCCUCAUUUUGAGAAUUCAGUUUUAUACCUUUUGAAUAAGAAAUCUGAAGACAAGAGACCCACGUUGGACUAGCAGGCGCUCGGUCUGUGGGGCCUCCGGACCUGAGGCACCAACCCCCUGACACGAAGCGGCAGCCGCCGGGGCGCAACCGGACGCGAGCGGGCGCGCGGGCGCCGGGGACUGCGCAUCCCCUGGGCCAGGCGGUGAUUGGUUCCCGGCAGUGACGUCACGGGCGACGCGACGCGGAGCCCUACCUGAGUCCUCGCGAGAGCCGCGGCCUGCGGUGCGGGAUGGCUGCGGGGCCGGGCGGAGCUGUCCCGCGGCUGCCGGAGCCGGCUCUGACGCCCGAGACAUGGCCCGGGGUCCCGGCCCGCUAGGCCGGCCUCGCCCUGACACGGCCGCCAUGCCCAAGCGAGGGAAGAGACUCAAGUUCCGGGCCCACGACGCCUGCUCCGGUCGAGUAAAAUCUCUCUGUGGCUUGGAAGCCUCUCAGGUUCCUGCGGUGGAAGCUCUUUCUGGGGCUGGCGAGCCCUGUGACAUCAUCGACAGCAGUGAUGAGAUGGAUGCCCAGGAGGAGAGCAUCCAUGAGAGAGCCAUCUCCAGAAAAAAAAAAAGCAAGAGGCACAGAGACCUGGACGGGGCUGGAGGAGAAGAGUACCCCAUGGACAUUUGGCUCUUGCUGGCCUCCUAUAUCCGUCCUGAAGACAUUGUGAAUUUUUCCCUGAUUUGUAAGAAUGCCUGGACUGUCACUUGCACUGCUGCCUUUUGGACCAGGUUGUACCGAAGGCACUACACGCUGGAUGCCUCUCUGCCCGUGCGCCUGCGCCCAGAAUCCAUGGAGAAGCUGCGCUGUCUCCGGGCGUGUGUGAUCCGAUCUCUGUACCAUAUGUAUGAGCCAUUUGCUGCUCGAAUCUCCAAAAACCCAGCCAUUCCAGAAAGCACACCCAGCACAUUAAAGAAUUCCAAAUGCUUACUUUUCUGGUGCAGAAAAAUUGUUGGGAACAGACAGGAACCAAUGUGGGAAUUCAACUUCAAGUUCAAAAAGCAGUCCCCUAGAUUAAAGAGCAAGUGCGGAGCGGGGUUGCAGCCUCCUAUUCAGUAUGAAGAUGUUCACACCAACCCAGACCAGGACUGCUGCCUUCUGCAGGUCACCACCCUCAAUUUCAUCUUUAUUCCCAUCGUCAUGGGAAUGAUAUUCACUCUGUUCACUAUCAAUGUGAGCACGGACAUGCGGCAUCAUCGAGUGAGGCUGGUGUUCCAAGAUUCUCCUGUCCGCGGUGGUCGGAAGCUGCGCAGCGAGCAGGGCGUGCAGGUCAUCUUGGAUCCGGCGCACAGCGUUCGGCUCUUCGACUGGUGGCACCCUCAGUACCCGUUCUCCCUGAGAGCAUAGUCACUGCUUCCUGUCCCUGAGGGCGGGCCUGAGCUAGGCCAGCCCACUGGUAACCAGUCCAGUGUGGAAGGGGCAGCUGGAUUGUGUAUCUGGUUAGCGAUGCACGUGCUCUUUGGUUCCUGGGGCUCCUGUGAGGGGAAGGAGAAGGGUUGAAUCAAGAGGAAAAACAACUAUGAUUUCUGAACAUAUUUUAAUGUAAAAGUUUUAUUUGAAAGGAGAAACCUGGCCCUGUUUUCUGUGUUAAACCUCAUUUGGUGCUAUUGAGUUUGUUCUUUAUUGUUUUAUCCUAGUGAAAAUGGAUGAUCUUGCUUUAGGGAAAAUUAAACUCUUCAAUCUCCAGACAAGGAAGUUGCAGCAUUUCCUUAUGAUAAGAGGAACCUGAGAGGCCUAGAAUUGUUGCUGCUGUUGCUUCCAGUUCAGCUGCCCGUCCAAUUCAUGUGAACAUUUUCUCCCUUUACUCUUCUCCAGAAAUAAAGCAGGUGACAGGGUUUUCAGAAUCUUAUAAGAUUGCCUUGUGUAUCUUUCUUUAAAAGUAAUUUUUGGAUAUUUAUCGCAUAAAUGUUCAUUUGCCAA